GCGCUGGGCGACUACCCGAUAUGCAUGUCGUGCGGAGAGACCGUCGUCAGGAACAUGCCUGGUGUCAAGUUCGACGACCUCGUGAUCGAUAAAGACGCCGAUGAGUCUAAGGCCGAGGAGCUGUCGAAGGGCAUCGGCAUGUCAGAGGACGACGUGAAGAACGCGAAACGCAUCGCCAUGCACGACUCGGCUUCCAGCGACCAGUCGAUCUACAUGAAAUACUCGGGCCUCCGUUUUCCAGAUGUUCUCCGUGAGUUCGGAGUGGCACCCAAAGCGCUCAACCUCCCAUGCGCGUACUUCAAGACGUUGAAGGGGAGGGGGUUUUACUACAUCCUCCAGCGCGUUGAACAGUUCAAGGUGAAGUACCCCACCAUCAAACUCGAGAGCAGGAGCAGCAUCAGCAUUUUCACGAGGCCGCCUGACGACACCGCGCGGCUCAUCUACUCCAACCAAGACCAGAUGAUGUUGGCUGCUGCUAACUCGCAGACCAUAGAAGGGACUAGGGACGCCAGCGCCCCGAAGGUCCAACCGUUGCAGUUGUCAAUCAACAGCGUCGAAGACCUCAAGGAGGAGGCUGAGAAGCUGAAGAAAAAGAAAACGAUGAGGGAUAGCAGGAGGUUUAAACGCAGAAGCAACGACGAGCUGCUGGAGGCGGGGGACGUUUCGAGCUCGGACCCUGCCGUGGACUCCGACCAUGACCACAACCAUCCCAUCGCCUUUCCUCCGCCAGGGCCUAAAGGUUCCAGCGGCCCGCUUCCAUCGCCGUCGCCACCCGCAUCGAGGGCCGGAUCAAGGGCGAGCGUGACGACCGAGGCGCCCAACCCCCACCCGUGCGGCACGGUGAACUACUGGUUGUUCGAGCUGAAGUUCGAGAAGGCGUUUGAUGGAUCCAAUCUCGGGCAGCCUCUGAACCAAGCCACGCUGAUCCAGCCCAAGCUCGGAGAAGCCGAUCGUGCCAUCCUGACGAAAAGAAUGGACCUCGCGCGGCAGGCGGUGGCGAUGAACGUCCACAACUGCCACAACAUGAAGGACCAGGAUCUCGUGGAGAACGCCAACAAUCUACGACAGGCAGGGGCCUUGCCGACCCCGAAGUUGCGGGUGGCUUUGGCGAAGAGGUACACCGACAACACCGUCAAGAAGGUCGACGAGAUGACCGAUGCUGUUCAGAUUAAGGCUGCGCUCGUCGACUACUUGAACCACAUGUGCAUGUGGAACGGCUCUGGGAAGCUUGGCCUGGACGACUCCUCCGUCGCCAAGCCGCCCUUGCGCCUCACUGGGCUGAAGGAUCAGCAGAUGGCGCAGGUAUUUCGCGACAACGUCAUCAAGGUGAUGUUGCUUAAGUGGGUCUGCGCUGGAGAGAAAAAAGCUGGCCACGUCGCAGCGUUCAUCUCCGCGGCCGCGGAUGUGUGGGACCAGGUGCCCGAGGAUGCGAACCUCGGCGACAAGUGCGCAUUGGAGUUCACCAACGCUUGCGCGGCGAUCGCCGUGUUGCAGCUGCUGUCCCACGGGGCCACGUUCGAUCUCCUCUGCGCCCCUUUCGACGUCCAGGAGUCGCUCCAACCGAUCCACGCGAAGGCGACGGAGUUGGCCCUCGACCACGACUCCGUUGUGAUGUUGGCAGCUGCACUUACAACGUGCGCAUACUGGAACGAGAAGAUCAGCCAUAUGAAUACCAUACUCACGAAGACAUCGUCCGAGCACGGCGUCAAGAUGAGGGCUGCCUACGUAGACGUGCGCAAGAUGAUUACAGACGGGUCCACGGAAACAGCCAAUGCGUUGGCAGCGCAUUGUGGAUCGGUCACUUACUGGGAGUCGUGCCUUGGCAAGGGCUACGUUGACGACCUCAGAAGCGAGAUCAUCAGGAUCGGCCUGGGCUCUGCGAGGACCCUUCUGGAGAAGAUCAACAGUCGCAGUGGGCCGUCAGACGUGGGCGCGACCUUGAACGCGCACAAGCAGCUGUUCAAGAUCAUGGACGAGCUGGACCCCUCGUCAGAGGAUGUGCUCCGUGCCAAUAAAGACUUGACCCGUGCGUUGAGUGACUUGGACCUCUCAUCGAAGCAUGGCAUUUUGGUUCAGAGCGUGACCAACUGGAGAAUCGACAAUGAAGCCUCCGCGGCCGCCCUGAAGGACGCGGUCAUGGCUUGCGACGGGAAGAAGCUCCCUGACGAGACGGCCCUCCUGGCCGACAAGAUGAUCAGCGAGAUAUUGGAGCACAUCCUCGGCGGCAUGAGUGACAAGGACGUUUCGGAGUUCAGGAUUGUUGACGUUCACGUGCUUACGGCCUUCGACCUCCUCGCGAGGAUGACCAACCACGCCGAGAAGACCCUCGAGAUGGUGACCCUGAUGCAGUAUGCCAGGGCGACGCAAUACCAGAUCGUGAAGUUGCGCGACCACGACACUACUCCAGGGGACAUCCCCGAGAAGACAGCUAGCCCAGAGGAGCUCACUUCGCACAUGGACGCAGCAGUGCGGAUGAAGACGCGGUGCGAGGCUGCAUACGCUGCUGCGGCCGACGUCUUGAACGAUUACAAGAUCGCGAAGGACUCUGUCCCGAUGAUCACGGCUUUGGCUGCUGACGUCAUCGCCGAGUUUGGCCUCAAGGCCCGCAACGCCAUCCAGGAAGCGGUGGACAAGGGCAUCCAGAAGGUGAACGCGAAGGUUGAUUCUACGGAGGGGUUGAUCACUUGGAAGGAGAAAAAAUCAGCAUGCAACUCCAUCGACGAGUACGUCGAUCUGUACACGAAGGCGCUGGAGGGGAUCGACUUGGACUUUAUUGUGGGACCGACUGACACCAUUAGUGAUCAUAUCAGGGAGCACGGGCAGCUCACGGCCAAGCACAGCCUCGACCCCCAGCCUGACUGGACCAAGGCUGUGAACGAUGACCUGGACGCAGCCCGCGCGCUCGAUGCCACGAUGAACAUUAUGAAGUUCCUGAGCACGCCGAGCAUCACGAAAGACAAGGUCGCCAUGCAACGGAAGGCCGCGGCCGUCUCAGAGAAGCUCAAGAAGUGGAAGCUGGUGCCGACGCUGCUCGAUGACAUCAUCUUGCAGCGCUUCAAGCUGGCGCUGAAAUACAAGUGA